AUGGCCAGAAAUACACACUGUCGGGACAGGGGCGGGUGCGCGGGGAGAGAGAAAGGGGAGGAAGCGCGGGAACAAAAAAAGGCGAAGGAGGACCCAGGCAAGAAACCAUUCACACCUACUCAAGAAACUAUUUCAGAGAGGAAGCAAGUGACACAGGCGAGCGGAAAGGAGAAAGAGAAAGGAGGAGGAGGCGGUGGUGGAAGAAGCAGCCCCAGCAGCAACAGACGGGGCAAAGAGAAAGGGAGCAAGCCGCGCAGACACUUACUUAGCGGCGACCCCGCGGAAGUUGCGCUGCCUUCGGCCGCCUCAGCGCCGUCGAUCGCUCAGGCUGCGCGUCGCCGUUGGGAAAAGGGCGCAGGCAGGCGGGCGGGCGGGCAGGUGGGUGGGGCGGAGAGCGGCGGGAGGGACCGGAUUGCCCCGCUCGACUGUCAAACAAGGAAGCCGGCGGAAAGGAAGCGAGGCGUGCUCGCCCAACACGAGGGCAAAACCACCUCCCGGCCGGGUCGCUGGAGCGCCUCCCUCUGCUGCCUUCCCUCCCCGCCCCGGAGCCGCCGGAGAGGAAGCGCCCGAGCCAGCGCGCCGCCCCUCGACGACGCUCUACCUGGGGAAGGAGCGGGGCGGAGGCGCCGAGGGGGCGGGGAGAAGGGGAAGGGCGCCGCCCCCCUUCGGCAGGUGAAAGGGCCCUGUGGCCUCGGGGAGCCGCCGCCGCUUUCCCAAAGGCCCCUCGCAGCCAAUUCGGUUUGUCCCGCUCCCCAGACGCGCCGCUGCUUCGGAACGCCGCCCUGCGCUUCCAUGCGCUUUUGCGCGCCAAACUCGGAACCAAAGUGUCUCCCGAAGCUGAAAGUUCUUCAUCGCUGGAAGAGAAUCAGCCAGGCACCAACUCUUAGGAAGGGAGUCCUAGAAGGUUUGAAAAAAUGGCAGCAAGUGUCAACCUGGCACCCCUCAGAUGUUACUGGACUCCGUCAUCCGUCGGUCCCAUAGGAGUUGCAAUUCAUCAAUAUCUGGAGCUCAUCAACUUUGCUAUCUAUGGCAUUACCGUAGCACCCAGGCACUUGAUAAGAUUGCUAGGGCUCUGAGAGUCCCAGGGCCCUUUCUCCUGCCAACAGCAUGGCAGUGUGGGGACUGCAGCAAGACUAUGUCCUGAGCCUCACAGGCUUGGAUUGGCAGGCUGCGAUGCAGGAGGAGCAGGAAGAGGAAGAAAUGGAGGAGGGGGCUGAAUGGCAGGGAGCUGGGUUGGAGGAGGGGGGCUCUGCCCUUUCCACCCUGACUUCAGUCACUUUAGAAGUGGGACCAGAGAUGCCAGCUCUGCCUUCUGACCUGCUCAGGAGCAGAGAGACUUAGAGGUGACUGGAGAAGGCUUUGAUCAGCUGAGGGGGGGAGACUGAAAAGGAGGAGGCAGGGACCCGACAGGAAAAUGUAGCAUUGUCCAUAAGGCAGAUGAGAGCAGACCCACCCAAUGUUGGUGGAGUGCAACCUUGCAAGCUUGACAUUCCUGUAAGGUGAGAGAGUCUUGGGAGUAAGAACACCACCUCUCAC